CUCGUGACAGGCCCGCCCUGGCCCUGGAGGAGGGGGCGGGGGUUGGAGCCCUAUAACUGGAAGAGGGGCCCGAGUCCGGGUCCUACUCAGCCCAGGAGAGGAUCUCUGACGCCGAGGAAGCCCCAGCUGAGCAGGCAGGCCAAGAGCAAUCGCCAGCUGUGCUGAAGAUGAGAUUCCUGUGGGCCUUGUGGGCGCUGGCCCUCUUGACCGGCUGCCAGGGGGAAGAGGCCAAGGCUUCUUCGGAGGAGCUGAUUCCAGACCCAGAGCUAUGGAGUUCAGAGCCAGGCAAGGCCUGGGAGAUAGCCAUGGGCCGCUUCCAGGGCUACCUGGACCAGCUGCAAGCCCGGGCUGAGGAUCUGCAGAGUGAGGUGCGGAGUUCCCAGAUAGUCAAGGACCUGAGAGGCCUCAUGACAGACACUCUGACUGAGCUGAAUGCAUACAAAGCUGAACUGAACCAGGAGCUGACUCCCAUGGCUGAGGAGACCCGGGCUCGGCUGACCAAGGAACUCAGUGCGGCCCAGGCCCGCCUCGGGGCUGACAUGGAGGAUGUGGGGUCCCGGCUUGCCCAGUACCACCGAGAGUUCCAUGCUGUAGUCAACCAUAACAUAGAUGAGGUCAGGAACCGGGUAUCUGCCUACGUGCGCAAGAUGAAGAAGCGCAUUGGGCGGGACUACGAGGAGCUGCAGACCCGCUUGGCCACCUACCAGGCUGGAGCCCAGGAGGGUGUGGAACGCGGGCUCGGCUCCCUGAAGCAGCGCCUGGUGCCCCUGCUGGAACGGGUCCAAGAGCAAAACAAGAAGAGGGUGGCCAACCUGGGCACCCUGGCAGGGGAGCGCCUGCAGAGCCACCUGGAUCAGAUGCGCACCCAAGUGGAGGAAGUCAAAGCCAAGAUGGAUGAGCAGUCAGCCCAGCUGCAGGCUCAGCUGCAGGGCCUUCACGACCGCCUGAAGGCCUGGUUCCAGCCCCUGGCCACCGACCUGCAGCGCCAGUGGACAUCGCUGGUGGACAAGGUUCAGGAGGCCAUCAACUCCAACGGGAAGCUGGGAGAGACAGGCCCUGUUCCCUUCAGUGUCAACUGAAAGGACCCCAGAGCCUUCCAUGGGGAUCCUCUAGCUCCCUCUAUCCCCCUGGGAGGCCCUUCUCAUCAUCCAUCAGUGGACCCUUCCAUGCCUUCUCCUUCCCCCCAACCCCCCACAAAGGGGGUGAUCCAAUCCCACCCUCACAUCCACAGGGCAGGCCGGGGCAUCCCAUGGCCUCUACCACCCUGGGCUGAUGGGGGCAGGGGGCUACAUGUAGUUUAAGCUCCAGCCAACAAUAAAGUGAAAGCUUGCUUGA